AUGAUUCUCAAUGAAUACGACUUAUUCAAUUUGAUUCGUCUGUGCCAUCUCAAGCGAAUUUUGGAUGUGUUUAACAAAUGGGAGAAUGAUAUCAGAUUGAAUUACAAUUGGUUGAGGUGUGCCAAGUUUGCAUCAGUAGGCAUUUAUGCAAUUAAUUGUGUUGCAUGUCUCUUCUAUGUGCUUGCUGCAUACAAUAAUGAUCCAAUCAACACUUGGAUUGGUCAAGCCAUGCCUGUAGGAGUCGAUUUUCGCCAACUUAGCCUUUGGUCUCGAUAUAUUUUGUGCAUGUAUUGGUCCACCACAACAUUCUCCACUGCUGGCUAUGGGGAUUUGCAUCCCGUGAAUUCAAAGGGGAUGAUGGCGUGCACUAUAUAUAUGUUGUUGAUCUUCGCAGCCUCGUCAUAUGUGAUUGGUAAUAUUACACAACUGAUGAUCGAUCUUACUAUGAACAGAAAAAGCCAUGGAGAAUUGGUUCAAGCUGCCAUGAGUUUUUCACAAAGGAACCAGCUGCCUUCUCAUCUAGAAGAGCAAAUGAUAUCACAGCUAACUUUAAACUAUAGGACCAACUUGGAGGGGCUACAACAAAAAAUGAUACUCGAUUCACUUCCUAAUGCCAUCCGGACGAGUAUCUCACACCAUCUCUUCCACUCGGUGAUUAACAAGGCUUACUUGUUUGAAGUAGUGUUGGAAGGGUUUCUCUUCCCGUUGGUCCGUGAGAUGAGUGCGAAGUAUUUCAGUCCCAACAAAGAUGUGAUCUUGCAAAACGAUGCGCCGACCGACUUUUAUAUUAUUGUUACAUGUGCAGUGGAUCUAUUGGUUAUGAGAAAUGAAGCUCAAGUGGUUAUGGGGGAGGCACGAAAGGGUGAGCAUGUUGGUGUGAUUGGUGUGGUUUGUUUUAAGCCACAAUUGUUCACGAUGAGAACAAAAAGGCUAACUCAACUACUAAGGAUGGACCGAACCAAAUUUCUCAAUAUUGUUAAAGACCAUGUUGUAGAUGGGGAAACAAUUGUGAAAAAUUUUACUGAGCAUUUGAAUUACCGGGGAAUGAAGCAACUUCUUGAGGGUAUGUCAAUAGAUGACUUGAUUUCAGCUGGAGUAGGGCAUUUGACAACGGCAUCACAGACAAAGGAUAAGACGCCAUCAAGGGACGAUGUGAUUCUCUCCUCAAGGAUGUCUGCUGGGGUCUCCGUGAUAGGAAAGGCUAGCUCCUCGGUAGUGGUUGCCCCUUCAUCACGGUCACGGUCAUGGCCACCUGCCUGGAGCAGGGAGAUGCUGCUGUGA